UUGGGACCCGAACCCGAAAGUACAAUGGGUUAUACCGGUUUUUUGAAGAUUUACUAACCCUGACCCGAACCCGAUAGAAUCCGAACCGGUCCCAAACCGAACUUUUAUAUAACCCGAAUGGGACUGAUUUUGAUAAAUCCAAAAAACUAAAAUCCGAAUGGAUAAAAGCGAAACCCGAUUGGGACCCCGAAUGCCCAUGCCUACACAGGUCCUUAUACAAACCUGAAAUUCUCGACUUCUUUGCUUGAAACUAGAGCUGAGAGAGUGUAUUGCAGAGUGGUGAGGCACGAGCUUGAGUUUCCGGUGAGGUACGAGCUUUAAUUUUUGCGAGUUACUUAAGAACGAGACUUAAAGUGCGCACGACUGAGACUUCGAUUAAGAAGAAGAAGAACACCGGCAGGGUCCUAGCGGAAAGAAGGAACACCGGCGGAGUCUUAGCGGGAAGAAGGAACACCGGCGACGGCGACCUCUGACAAACCAGUGACUUCGAAUCGUCUUUUCUCUCUCUUUUUUUUUUAAGGAGGAGGUGAAAAAGGAUGUGUAAUUAGGGUUCCAUACACACGAUUUGGGGAUAAAACAGUUUUGCCGCUUUUGUUUUUUCUUUUUAAGUUUUAAAUUUUAAAAUAAUUAAAUUAACAUAAAUCAUUUUGGAUUUAGAUUAGGGGUUUAAUUAGAUUUACAGAAAAAAAUUAUGCUAAGUGGACAACUUAUACUUCAUUUUAUGGCAUAGGGACAAUGUACAUAUAUUAUUUUGUUCUAUAUUUCCAAUUUUCCCUUUUAUCUUUGUAACCAAUUAUUCACCGUGGUUGGACUUUUGACAAUUUCUUUUAGGAAGAACCAAAAAAGACAAAGUGCGCACGACUGAGACUUCGAUUAAGAAGAAGAAGAACACCGGCAGGGUCCUAGCGGAAAGAAGGAACACCGGCGGAGUCUUAGCGGGAAGAAGGAACACCGGCGACGGCGACCUCUGACAAACCAGUGACUUCGAAUCGUCUUUUCUCUCUCUUUUUUUUUAAGGAGGAGGUGAAAAAGGAUGUGUAAUUAGGGUUCCAUACACACGAUUUGGGGAUAAAACAGUUUUGCCGCUUUUGUUUUUUCUUUUUAAGUUUUAAAUUUUAAAAUAAUUAAAUUAACAUAAAUCAUUUUGGAUUUAGAUUAGGGGUUUAAUUAGAUUUACAGAAAAAAAUUAUGCUAAGUGGACAACUUAUACUUCAUUUUAUGGCAUAGGGACAAUGUACAUAUAUUAUUUUGUUCUAUAUUUCCAAUUUUCCCUUUUAUCUUUGUAACCAAUUAUUCACCGUGGUUGGACUUUUGACAAUUUCUUUUAGGAAGAACCAAAAAAGACAAAGCGUGGACAAUAAACCUAAAAUGGAUUUUUCUCAGCAUUAUAAAUUUCUUCUUUUUUCGGUUUCUCAAGGUUUUGUAUUUUUGCUUAUAUUUUAAUGAGAACUGUUCUACCUACCGUAUGUUUAGAUAAGCACAUGAAAUGGAAGAAGGAAAAAGAAAUGGAGGACUUCGGAAAUGCAUGAAACCAUAUAUAUGUUUCUUCCGGUUUUGAUAUUUUUUUGGCUUUCAUCUUUUAAUGAUCUGUAGUGGAUUAUAUCUUUAGUUUUGACAUGCACUUUGAUAGUACAAACAGGAAAAUGAUAAUAUAGAGACUGAAUAAGCUUUAAUACAGUUGAGAAUAAAGAAAAUUAACAUUGCUCAAAUUCUCGAAAAAAUUGGGAGCUUCAUACAGACCCAAGUUGUUAUGCUACUUUUCCUGCAUUUGCUUAUAGUUUAGGAAGCAUUACAAUAUGCCUAUCAAGUCUAAGUUCUUCAUCAGUUAUGCUUUUUCUGUCGGUUUCUAACUUGCUAUAAUCAGGAAAAAAUAUAGCUCAAGGAACUCAGUAACCAAUUCAAACAACGCUUGAUCAUGUGAGAUUGAGAAUAACUAGAACCUAUCCUGUUUAUGUGUUUACUAUACACUGAAAAGUUUAUACACUCAUACGAAUAUAAUGUUUCACACAUGAUGCAGAUUGACAAGAACAUAUUUGGCAUGAGGAGAUCAGGAGUUGUGUGUUUGGUCAUUUUCUAUAAUCACAGAUAUGCAGCAAAUCAAGAGCUACAUGUCACAACUAUACACAGAAAAAUAAUUCACAAAAUAAAUGAGGCACUGAGGUAUAUGGGUAAUCAGAAGAAAUCUUUUUUUUUGGGUCAAAUCAGAAGAAAUCUUUUAUGUAAUCUGAUUUCCAGCUUAGAGAUUUUUCUUAAAUUUAAGCUUCUUAUAAACCAAACUAAUUCUAACCUUUAAAAUUAAAUUAGUUCAUAUAUAUUAAACCAUUGACGCAAUUUAAUCCUAAAAAUCCCUAUUUGUUCGCUUCCAAAUCAAAAUUUGGGAAAGCAUUAUAUGCAAUGUAUCAAAAAAUAGGAAACAAUAUUGACCAUUAUAUUUGACCAUAAACUUAAGCGGAUCAAAUUGAUUAAAUUGACUAAUUAUUUUUAUGUCAACAUUUAUGAUGAUUUCUUAAUCAAAAAGUCUUGGUGCUUAAUUUAAGGGAUUGCAUGUAACUUAAAAUAGACUUCCUUUUUGAACGUAUUGGACAAUCAGUCAAGAUUUCGUUUACAAUAUAAAUCUUAUAGUCCCAGAUGACAUGUUCUUUAUACGACAUAUAACUCCCAACUUAGUGAGUCAUGUAUCAAAUAAAACGAAAAAUGAGUAUGUUAUUAUUAAAUUAUGAAAGUCUAGAUAUUAAUAUAUAUUGAUAUGUGUUUCAUAUACGUGCCAUAAUUAAGUUGACACUAUAUCCCCUAUAUAUUAAAGGAGAAGCAUUUUUUAAGGCUUUCCUUAAUUAUCUCUUAGUUAUUUUUUCAAAGAUGCAUGAGAAGGCUUCAUUCUCUUUUUUGCUUACGUGUCGCGCUCCCAUCGAUUCUCACAAAAUCAUUUAAUGUGAAACCAUUAAAUGUUUCCUUAUUUGAUGAUUUUUUUUUGCAAGCUCCUUUUCCAUGUCUUUAAGCAGUCGACGUUUUUUUAUUUUUGUCAGACCGACUACAGAGUCCUUGAGCAGUCGACGUUCCAUGUCCUUGAUACUAGGCGCAUCGAUGGGUAUCGAAAGCAUAGAAGAAGACGAUAUGAGGGUGAUCGACGUUCUUUACUAAGGUUAUAAAGAAAAAGAUUUUGUAAAGCAGGCGCAUCGACGAUCUGAAUCCCCAUCGAAAAGAAAAAAAGAGAAGAAAUGGAAGGUUUGAUUCUAUUUUUGUACAAAGCCAUGGUCAUGUAUAAAAGAGAAGGAAGCUUUUCGUCAGUUUUUCUCAGCGAUCAUCAUUCUCAUCAACUUCCGGUUACUACAGGAUACUUCCUGGCGACUCCUCUGGUAUAUUUCGAACGUCAGACCUCAGGUGAUUUCGGACUGACCGUCUUGGAUUGCUUAAAACGACGCCUUCUUCACCAUCUCGCUUGCCCACUAGGAACAUCACGAAACGUACGUAAGGAGUGUUCUUGAAAAUACUAUUUACAUAAAGAGAUACGAAUCUUUCUUGACGUGUCCUCUUAUCCUAACGUAUAUUUCUUAGGAAUAACUACCCAAGGACUUAAUAGAGUGAUUUUAUAUUAUGAUCUUGAUUUUUAAUUUGAUAUUAUUAGGGACGUUCAAAUACGUUCUACCCAGAUUUUCCAAUUGUUCUGAAGACUCAGAAGUAAUAUAUUUAUUGACUAUUAGAAAUUUUGUUUUAAGUUGUAGACCUUUUAUUAUCUACAUAACAAUUCGUGUGUUUCAGGGUUCUGUUCUGAUAGCUGGUAGUUCUGUGCAUGGCUCUAAGUUUAAUCUGAAGACAGCUGCUAAACGUGAAGGAUCCCAUAUCGAAAGUUUAGAGGCAGCUAUCUACGAGGGAACUGUUAACAAAUAUCGACAUUCGGAUUCGAUUAAGAAAGUGAAGACUGAAAAUAGUGGCUGAAGAAUUAUUGGAAACCUGUCUACGAUGAAGAUAGGCUUUUCUCUUUUAUUGUUAUAAGUAUUUUAAUUGUUUUAAUCUUCGUAUUAUGCUUGGUUUUUGGGUUCUGUUUAACAAUUUUGGAAGUCUGAAGUGUUUUAUUUUUUAACCUUUUUACGUACUCUAAGCAUAUGUUGGUCGUUUUUAAUAUAAUCACUCUUAUCAUAUUUUGUCUGAUCGGGUCGAUUGGUUGAAGUUAUCUAAUAUAUUUGGGCAAUAUAAAAUACCUUAAAAAGAAUCAUUAUUUCUGUAAAGUUUAUUUUCCAUGGAUAUAGUCUAUAGCUUUGUAAAUAUGAAUAUAUCCCUUUUAUAAAAUAUCCUAUACAAAUUGUUAUAGCACAUACUAUAUACAAGUACAAUAAACAGAAGAGAGCAAAUAUAUUUUGUCCUCUUUAAAAUCAAAUAUAAUAUUAUUGUACGUGCAUUUUAUUUGAUCCUCAGAUUCCUCAAAUAGAGAAUUAUUUUUUUAAUCAAUGUGAGUAUAAAAUUAUUUUAAAUUUGAUAUAGUUACUAUAUGUUAACAGAUAUGAUUUUUUUUUUUACUUUCAGGAUUCAAUUCCGUGCAUUUUGAUUAAACUUCAAAAAAAAAUUAGACUAUAAUUUCUUAUCGUAUCAAUUAAUUAUGUUAUUUUGGUUUUUAUAUUAAAACAAAUUAUGUGUUUUAAAGGGUGGAAUCACAUGCAAUUUUUUUUCUCUUAAUUUUUUUUAUAUAAUAAAAAUAACUAUAUUUUAUUUAUUUAAGGUAGUUAUAGUAUUACUUUUCAAAUGUUAUUGUUCCACUAAAAAACCAGAAAUUCCGGUGUUUUUCACUUUCUCUUCAAAUAUAUAUUUAUGUCUUACAAAAUCAUAGUAUAUAAUUUAAAAUAAUGAUACAUAUGCUUCAUCCCGCGCAAGGCGCGGGUUACUACCUAGUAAAAGUAGUAAAACAAAGACACGACACAUUAUCCACAUUCACCAGAACACCUAUUUUGUGGACAGUAGAAAGAUCUACAUAAUAUAAUUUUCAAUCUUUAGGUAUUAAAAAUAAUAUAAUUAUUUGUAAAACUAUUUUUUUGUAGACAGUGAACCAUAUCAACUAUAUAAUAUAAUUAUUUUGUAUAUAGUUAUAAACAUAAUAUAAUUAUAUUUUUUGACAAACAGUAUGACCAUAUCAACUAUAUACUAUAAUUAUUUUGUAUAUAUUUAUAUAACUAUAUAAUUUAGUUUAUAUAUGUGCGGUUUAUGCAGACAUUGUAAACACGUUUUAGAAACAUAACCAUGAUAAAGAAUCGUUGAUGCAUCUAACGAUUACAAAUGUCUACUAAGGUUGGUAAUACAUGUAAUUAUGCUAAAAUAGGGCUUUUAAUUAAAACUUAAAAGUUAAAAGUGUGAGAAAAGCUCUUGUGAUGACACAUAGGAAAUGAAAUUUUGGUUAAUAACACAUGAGGAUAAAGUUAGUUUAUGAAAAUUUUUCUCUUUUAAUAAAAAGCGAAUGUAGAUAAAAUUGGCUUAUUGGAGGGAUUUGAGAGUUUAUCAAAUUUUCAUAUUAUAUUUAGAAUUUAUAAAAAUGAUAUAAAAUUCAAGUUUAUUGAUUUAAUCAUUUAUAUAGAUUUUCAAAAUAUCACCUCUUGUGGUAGUAUAUAAAUUUUAAAUAGACUAUUCAAUUCUUUCUACUUGAUCACCAAAUAAAUUACUGAAAGAAGAAAAUACAAAUAAUACAUGGAAUUAAUUGUUAAGUUAUUAUAUAUUUGAUAAAAUAAUAUAUAUAUAUAUAUAAUAUUUUAAAGGAUAAAAUAUUAUUUAAAUAAUCUUAAUGUUAAAAUGUAACUUCAAAUGACUUUAAAGUUUAGAACAGUAAUUUUGCAAAACGACUCAAUUCUCAUAUUUCAUUGAAUUUAUUAUCUAUUCAAAUUCUAACUCCCUGGUCCAAAUCAUUAAUGCUAAGUUCUCAUAUUCAGAUCUCCUUUUGUUAUUAACUGCAUAUAUGUUACCAAAUUUAGGUAAACUAGUUACAUAAUGCAUAUGCAAAAAGUCGUUAUGUAAGAAAAUCGGUCAAAGCAAUAAAAGUAAUAAAGACCAUAUCUUUUUGAACAUAAUUAAGACCAUAUUUUUUCUUAUGUGUAUAUAUAUUCAGUACAUUUUUCUUAAUCAUAUAUGCACAUAAGAAAAAGUUUAAGAAAUAUGAAUAUGAAGAAAUGCAUUUUAUUGAUGAUGAUGGUAUCAAUAAUAAUUUUGACCAUGGAAAGAAAAGUAGAAGGCACUGCAUGCAUGACCAAAUGUUUGUUCUUGUGCGGACUUUUCUUUCAACAUCCAGUAGCAUGCGAAGACAAAUGUGAGCUCAAAUGCCAUCCACCUCUUUCAUCUCAAUCAUCACAGAUGGAGACUAUAGGAAUGAGAAACAUAAGAGGAUAAAUAUAUCAAGCAAAUAAUUAUGAUAUUUGUUAGAACGUUUUUUAUUUACGCUCGCUAUGUUCCUAACUCUAUACACAUAUGAAUGUUUAAAAAAAAAAAGAACUCUAUACAUUAAUAAAAGGACAGGGCUGAUGAUAUUGGAUCUCAAAAAAAAAAAUUGUUGCGUACCAAAAUAUUUAACAUUUAACUAAUAAUCUUAAAAACGAAAUUUUAUGGUUUAGGUGGUUUUAUUCAAUGAUGUAUUUUAAUAGAGUAUACAUCUAAACAAAAUUUCAUGUUUUUCGAAUGAUGAUUAUAAACUAUAUUUUAAAAUCUAGUAUUAUUCAAUAAAUGAUUUAAAUCUAGUUUUUUUAAUCUAGUGUUUAUUCAACUUUUAAGGAUUUUUUUUUUAAUGUUUUGGAUUGAUUUCAAAUUAUCUUUUAUGGAAUAUCAUGAAUAAAUGAUUGAAUUUAAAAUCCAAUGUAUACUGCAGAGAUUUUAGAAUCUAUCAACAUAAAUUUAUUUAAAAUUAAUUUGAUAGAUUACAAAUAAUUAAUAAUUAAUUUUAAAUCACUAGUAUUUGCAUUGCAUAACCGUUAAAAAUUAUAAUUUAAUAUAUAUACACAUAACAAAACCAUGGUUAUAAUAUUCUGUAUAUACUAUGUAAUAUUACAAAUCCUAUCCAUUGAUUCAUUUCAUCUUCAUCUUCAUCUUUCUUUUUCUUCUUUUGUUUAUUUUUGCUUCUCCGUCAUAUUUUAUUUAAUCUAUGCUUUCAAUAUAAAUAUGAUUAACUGAAAAAUAUAUUAAAAAACAUACACAUUUUUUGCAUAUGAUAUAUUUUAAAAAAUUAAACGGACAUGAAUUUUUCACAAAUCUAUACUAUACCUCCUCUUCCUACUCUUAACAUUGCAUUGUUGAUAUAAUGUAAUUUUAUACAAAAAAAAACGAUUUUUCGGAACCCUAGCCGCUCUAAGGCGAUCUGAAGGCGACGGCAAGACCUAAGGUCGAGACCUUCUUUGGGUGUCGAUCUCCCUCUGAUCUAUACGUUCUUUGACGUUAGAUUGGCCAUCAUCUUCUUCUCUCUCGUCUGUGGAAGCUUUUCAUUCGAAGUGGAGCUGUUUUCAUCGUGACGUCUUUCGCAAGGUAGCUGCUCUGGUUUCAUACGAACCUGGAUCCUGCACUCGCCGGGCUCUGCAUCGUCACUUCCGAUAUAUAAAUCGGUUUCACGAUCAUUUGAAUCAAGUCUGAUCAUUUGAAUCACGGAUCUCUUUUAGACCUGUGAACCAACCUCCAUAUCAUCGUAUGGGGUCAUCUUACAUAACGCGUUCUAGCCAUAAGGCGGCCAUGAAAGGCAAGGGUAUCCUCUACGAGGAUGACGACGCACCGAUCAAACUGAUGGACCAGGAUGAUACACUGAUUGCUAGCAAAUUUAGUUUAUCACUUAUUGGGAAGGUGCUCAAUCCAAAGAAACAAAAUGUCGAGAAGUUACUUCGGAAAAUGCCAUCACAAUGGGGUAUGGAAGAUCGCAUUACGGCCAAUGAUUUGGGCAAUGGGAAGUUCCUGCUUAAUUUUACGUCGGAAGAGGAUCUCAACUCUGUUCUUCGACAGGGUCCUUUUCAUUUCAACUUUUGUAUGUUUGUGCUGGUAAGAUGGGAACCCAUUGUUCAUGAUGAUUAUCCGUGGAUUGUUCCCUUUAUGGUUCAAGUGAUUGGUAUCCCUUUGCAUCUCUGGACGGACAUAAAUCUCAGAAACAUUGGUGCGCGAUUAGGCCAUGUUCAUGUUGAUACUCUGGAAGUAGCUGAGGGCCGUAUGCUUGUUGAUGUGGAUUCUCGGAAACCACUAAAAUUUUCAAGGAAAGUGGAGUCGAAAGAUGGAGAUGAAGUCACUAUCGAGAUCAAAUAUGAGAAGUUAUUUAAACACUGCUCUACAUGUGGUAUGCUUACGCAUGAGAAGGAUCAUUGUCCUUCUGUGGAUAUGCGAUCGCGCCUUCAGCCUCAAUCAGACCGUCCUGGUAUCUUUACGCGAAUGCAAGCUCCACAGGAGACAGCACAGCGUCAUACCUUCCACAGAGAGCAGGGGCUAAAGCUAAAUGAACGCCAGGCCUAUGCUCCACGUCUGGAGUCCUCCGCCAGACAAGUUGCUCCUUCAAGGUAUUAUGAGGAUGAGAGGAAAUAUGCGCCGAGGACACAUCAUCCUGCUGAUCUUCAUACUACACAUUCAGAUAGGAUAAUGCGACGUCGCAAUGAUCCUACUCGGGGUGAUCGAUAUGGAGGUUCGAGAGCUUCUAAGGGUCCAUAUGACCGCAACAAGAGGCAGACGUGGCGAGAGAAAGCUGAGACUAAUAUGCGUCUAGUUACAACGUCACAACCCUCAGCGGCAACUGCAACAAGUUCUCGUCAGAUUGUUCCAUAUGAGCAAUCUUCCGGCAUGAGUAACAAUGAUAUAAAUGGGAUAGUGGGACAGACUGCGAGGGUAGGAGAGAGCAACAGCGCUAGAGGCGCUAAGAGAUUGGCUAGCACCAUCGUAACGCCGUCCCGAAUUGACCGUAGUGAUCAUAACGAUAUGGAGGAGAAUGUCACAAAGCGGGCAAAGGAGCUUACUCGUUCUCUCUCUUUCACGGACCUUAGUGACCAUGAACCGGUAACCGCUGCUGGGGAUAAUCAGAUUAUUGGUGCACUGAAUGAUAUGGAGAUUGAGGAUAAUCAGGAUGAUGGAAUGAUGGAAUGUGAAGGGAUGGAUGAGGACUUACUUGGUAUAGACCUCAAAGAUAUGGAGGAGAGAGAGGCGCUCCAGGUUGUGAGCAAGGCAACGUCGGGGCAUGUAACCUCAGGGAAUGACACUAAGGUGUUGAAGAGCAGUCGACAAGGUACUAAGUUGAAUGUCCCAUUGGGCCUUCAGAAUAAGAAGUUUGAGAUUCUCCGUCGGGGAUCUCCUCGGAAGCCUUCCUCUUCGUCUCAAGGAGCUCAUACGGCUAGAGACUCGACUAGGUCAAGGAAACAUAGUCAGAGUUCGAAGAAACAAAGAGGCAGUGUGUCCAAAGGUGAUGGGUUGAUGGGUACCAAAAACUCAUCACAGGAUUAUAGAUGAGGACGCUCAGUUGGAACUGUCGGGGGAUUGGAAACGA